UUCAUAACAAUGUUCAUGAAGUUGUUAUUUUUCUCGGAGGAUUCUUGGCGAGUUCAGUUUUUUUAUUUGCUGUCAUAGGCUUAGAUAACAUGGAAAGUAAUUUACUUACGUGCGUCCAAGGCAUUGUUGGAUUUAUUUUUAUUUUCCUCGGGACUAAUCAUUGUUAUUCAGAAGCAGAUACUUUGGAAAGGGGACGUUCUACAUCUACGUUUAAAAUAGAAAAGGUAUCUCAUAUUCCUCAAACCGAUGCAACGGUGAUUCUACAUCAUGAAAAGUCAUUGGUAUCAUGCGUUUAUCAUUGCCAAAGUCUUAAACUGGCAUCGGCUUACUUUAAUGAGGAUAACUCAACAUGUUAUUGUAGUACUGAUGAUGACGUCAAUAUAGAUAACUAUGAGAAUGUGGACGCGGACAUAUCCCAUGGAAUAAGAACGGAAAUGAUGUCAAUAACUUACAUUCAAGAAGGCAGUCAAAGAGUAAAAAGAAAACAUAAAUACCCAGAGCCCUUUGAUUGUCUUGCUCUUUAUCAACAAGACUAUACCGAAGACGGUGUUUAUGUGAUUCAACCAACCGGAAGUACUGCCACUGAUGUGUGGUGUGAUAUGACCAAUGGUGGAUGGACGGUUAUACAACGCCGGCAAGACGGAUCUGAAGAUUUCUACAGAAAUUGGGAGGAAUACAAACAAGGAUUUGGGAACAGGAGUGGCGAGUAUUGGCUUGGGCUUGAAACUAUUUAUCAUUUGACACGUAACGACAGUUCCCUGUACGUUUACAUGGAAACAUUUCCAAAUGACAAAAAGAAUCCAUUUUCUGCUUUUGCUGAGUAUACUACCUUCAACAUUACUGACGAGAGUGAUAAUUACCGAUUGGCGAUUGGGGGAUAUAACGGGUCGUGCGGUGAUUCCAUGUUGUAUCAUUACAAUUGUCAAUUUUCAACAAAAGACAAUGAUUAUGAUAGUUAUGGUGGCAAUUGUGCAGUGGCAUUCAGUGGAGGUUGGUGGUACAAAGAAUGUCAUAACGUUAAUCUUAAUGGAUUUUACCUAUACGGAGCAAACCCUGAAUUUGGUCGGGGUGUUGUUUGGUACGGCUGCUGGGUCAUUAUUACUCUCUCAAGAAAUCUGUAA